AUGGAGGCUAGGACGCGAUCGGCGGAAUUGCAGCUCCGAGAGAUUGAGGUUGAGCGAGAGAUUGAGGUUGAGCGAGAGAUUGAGGUUGAGCGAGAGAUUGAGGUUGAGCGAGAGAUUGAGGUUGAGCGAGAGAUUGAGGUUGAGCGAGAGAUUGAGGUUGAGCGAGAGAUUGAGGUUGAGCGAGAGAUUGAGGUUGAGCGAGAGAUUGAGGUUGAGCGAGAGAUUGAGGUUGAGCGAGAGAUUGAGGUUGACGAGGUCAUCUCGUGUCAUUUAGCAUCUUUUAACUUCCCGGUUACACUGAGAGGAGCGGUGGUGUCACAGGAGUUGGCCCAGCCGUCCUUCGAUCGGCAGCAGGCCAUGCGCGUUGUCUCGGAGCUGGAGGCCAACUGGGACGUCCUGGUGAUCCACUACAUCGGACUGGUAUCCCUGGUGGUUCUGGGCGCCCUCAUGGUAGUCGUCAUGCCCUUCAGCGGCCUCGUGUUCGCUUGCUGCCGCUGCGCCGGCCGCUGUGGGGCCCAGGAACCUCACUAUGACAAGAAGCGCGACCCUUGCAAGCGCGUCACCCUCGGUACCUUCUUGGCCACCCUUGUCGUCGUCAUUCUGCUGGGGCUGGUCUGCACCUUCGUAACCAACGCAAGGAUCGAGGACGGCGUGCAGAAGCUGCCCCGCGAGUUACGCACCGCCCUCCACGAUACAAAGCUCUUCCUCAACAACACCGACAGCGAGGUGCAAAAUCUUCUGGUGAGCAACUACAGAGAGCUGCAGGAUGUGCUCUUCAACAAGCUGGAUAGCAGUGGUGAAUUGGUGAAGAGUGAGCUGGCACGGGUGACCAAAGCUGUGGCAAUAGACAAUCUGACUGCUAUAGUGACCAGUCUAUCAGCAAUCAAGAAAGACCUCUGGACCAUCAAAAAUACCACACUCCAACUGCAGGAUCAAACUUCUAAUCUACAGAGUGGACUUGGUGAUGUUGCUCGCAGGUUGCGUGAGCUCCAGGAAUCUUGUGAGGCAUUGCCAGACUGCCAGGAGCUCAUUACACAAUAUGCUGAUCAACUCAGAAUCAACAAUGAAUUUGACCAGUACCUGGAGACGGAUGUUUUGCCUCAGCUGCCUAAUGUUGAAUCAAAAUUGGAUGAAGUGAAAUCACUCAUAGAAAAUGACAUAGAAAUAGCAGUGAAGCGAGGCAAAAGAGCCUUCGACUCCAUUGCAACUGAGAUCCAAAAUAAGGUGCAGCGUUCCAUCCCAGAGAUCAAGGCCAAGAUCCUUGAUGCAGGAGGUGAGCUGGAGGAUGCAGCAGAGAGCAUCCAUAGAACGUUACAGCGCGUUGACACAAAACCCAAAGAAACGGAAACAUACAUAAGAUUGUUGCAGGAUGGGAUCAAUGAAUAUGCUAUGUAUAGGUAUUGGGGCUUCAUGGGGCUCUGUAUAUUACUGUUGGUGAUCACCCUCUGCUUCACACUGGGUGUGGUGUUUGGAUGCUGUGGUCGGCGACCCGACGAAGCCUCAUCUUGCCAUAAAGCAACUGGGGCAUCAUGGCUCAUGUGUGGUGUUGGUCUGACAUUCCUGUUCUCGGCCCUGAUCAUGGCAGCAACCACAGCACUUUUUGUGGUGGGCAGCAUAAGUGAGAUCCUUGUGUGUGACCCCCUUGCUGACCCUACCCACUCUGAAGUCUUUAAUGCUGCUGCAGAAUUAUACAAUCUUAACAGCCAUUAUCCUCCUGGUCAAGCCCCAAGCAUAACUGAGAUUAUCAGCAAGUGCCACAACAACCAGAGUUUGUAUUCUGUGCUGAGCCUGAAUCAUGUUGACAGUAACCUUGCCCGACUUCAGGAUUACAAGAAGAACCUGAAUCUUGAUGAGAAG